AUGGGGAAUCAAAGCAACGAUCCUUUGCAGGUCGUCGACGGGAAGAUAACGUCGUUGAAAUGGCUACGCAACGGCAUUUUGAACACCAAAACGGAGCAUGCCAAUCCAAUGGUAGAGAUCUCAUCUUUUCAGUCACUGUGUGCUCUGCUAUGGCAAGCGGUGACACGUGCUUGGAAAAUACCAUCGUCCAAAACGACGACGUUCAGAAUGGCGGUGAAUUGUCGUCAUCAGUUUGACCAAAAGCUCGAUCCGUACUAUUUCGGAAACGCAAUUCAGAGCAUUCUGACAUAUGCCUCUGCUGGCGACGACCCACGGUGUUUCCCGUUGGGAAACUUUGACGGGGCAAUGAUCACGAUGGGAAGUUUGCCAAGAUUUCCAAUGUAUGACAAUGAUUUCGGGUGGGGCAGAGCCGUAGCCAUGCGGAGCUGGCGGGCUAAUAAGUUUGAUGGUAAGAUUUCGGCGUUUUCGGGGAGGGAAGGUGGUGGGACCGUUGAUUUGGAGGUGCCCAAGACUAUGGCGGGUUUGGAGUUGGAUUCAGAGUUCAUGUAUUAUGUGUCAGGUUAUUGA